AUGUCUGAUUAUUCGUGGGCGCAGCAGCAGCAGCAGCAGCAGCAGGGACAGCAGCAACAGCACAACGAAACCGACGAAAAUCUGAGGCUGCUGCCAAGUGCAAGUACAGCAGCAGCACCAUCUCCGACUUGCUGCGAGGCCUCUUCGUCUCCUACGGAUGAGCAGCUGUGCUGCAGCAACAGCAGCAGCAGCAACAACAACAACAGCAGCAGCAGGAUAGAGUCUCCUCAGGCUGCUGCUCUUGUUGCGUCCGCCCUGUCUCCCUUCCGUCCCUUGCAGCAGCAGACCGCCGAGGCCCACAGCAAGCGGCGCAGGCUCUGUCCUCAAGAGCAGCAGCAGCAGCAGCAGCAGCAGCAGCAAUUUGAGCCGCUGCCGCUGCGUGUGAGGGCCUUGGCCAUCCAUGUGCUGGGGAAGCUUGCUGUUGCUGCUGGGACUGUUGGCAGCAGCACCUCCCCCUUGAGGCCCCACAGCAAGGACAAGAGGGCUGCUGCUGCUGCUGCUGCUGCAGCAAGUCCCAGACAGAAAAAGCCCGUCACGCAGCAGCAGCUGCUGCAGCUAGCUGUGGAGCUUCUCGCGGCGCAGCUGGAGCCGCACGAGCCGCCACUGGUUCGCCUGAAUGCCGUAGUGAAAUGGAAUGGCAGCAGAACGGCUCAGGGAAUGCGUCCGCAGCGUAGCAGCCCCAGGGGUUGCAGUUUUCCGCUUGCUGCUGCUGCUGCAGUUGUCGCUGCUGCUGCUGCUGCUGCUGCUGCUGCUGCAGGUCCUCAGCGAUGUGCUGCAGCGCCACGGGCAGCUGACAGACAAAGUGCUGCCUCUGAUUGUUUCUGCAAUCGCCUCGGGAGAAGCAGAGACAAGAGGGCCCCCGAGGGCGGCAGCUCUGGCUGUGGCGCCCCACGCAGCAGCAGCAGCAGCAGCAGCAGCAGCAGCAGCAGCAAGAGGGCUGUGGCCCCACUGAGAAAGAUGGCGCUGAUUUGCCUUUCGCGAUUGCUGGCUGAGGAAUUCGUUCGCUGCAAAGGCGAGGCUGUUUUGGGUCUAUUUUUUUGUUUGGGGGACGAGGACUUGGCUGUGCGGCGUUUGGCUGAGUCGGUUUACUUAGGACUUGUGCUGCCGCGCCACGAGUCGGCGCUGCCGUCUCUGUUUGUGGAGGUCCUUUGUGCUGUCAACGGGGCCUUCAAACAUCCAGCCUUUAGGGGCCGCGUGGGUGCCUCACAGCUGCGGUUUCCCUGGAGCCAAAGGCGCAAACAGAAGAUUUAUUGCUUUAUCGUCAACUCGCUGUCCAUGCUGAGAAGGCUGCAGCUGCAGCGGCUGCUGGUGAGUGGGGUGUUGGCCCCUUGGCUAGACGGCGACUUGGAGGGCCGCGAUGGCGUGAGCUGCAGCGUAAUCCUGAGCAGCAGCAGCAGCAGCAGCAGCAGCAGCACGCCGCUGCCGAUUCCGUCUCCCCAGGAGCCCCUGGGGCGUCUUCUUGAAGACGCAUUUCUGCUGCUGGCUUCAACAGACCUGCGCAUAAAGGUGCUGCGGGCUACCGGCGCAGCAGCAGCAGCAGCAGCAGCAGCAGAAGACGGGGAGAACGAAGCAGACCCCGGGGCCCCCAGCAAGGGGCCCCCCAACCUUAGGGUACAGCGGGGGGCCCCCGGGGGCCCCGGGGGCCCCGCAGCACAAGUUGAGGGUCUGGUGGCUUCGCUGGUGCGGCGGGUGCUGCAGACAGAGGUGGUGCCGGUGCUGCGGUGUCUAGACACCUUGUUUCGCGCGCGGCGCUCUCCGCUGCAGGAAGCUUGCAUGCGUUCUUUGUGUUGUCUUUUGAGGGACUACAAGUAUAAACCCUAA